AUGAAUGUGAUGAUACCACAAGUAUAUGGACCAUAUGGGCCAAUGCAUACACCGAUGCAUUCCUAUGUACAGAGACCUCCUAUUCCUUCUGCCCCAAUACCCAGAUUUUUGCCUCAUCAAGUAGCUCGUCCAAUUGCAUCGGGAUCACCACCAUUCUCUGCUACUUCUGUUACUGAACCUAAAGAAAGCGUGGAAAAGACUAUAGCGGACUUAAUUGCGCAUUACAUCAGUAAAAAUGAACAUGUCAGCAUUGAAAAAGUAAUCAACACAUUAUUUAAAGUUUACAAAGUUGGAAGCUGGUCUGAUUUAAACAUCAAUGAUGUGAAGAAUCCUUAUGAAGAUUUAAAACCACUAUCACAUCUUGUUAAGAGACAUAAUGGAUUAGACUUGUUCAUAGAAGUCUACAAACAAAAACGGGUUCUUCUCACCCUAUAUGAAUUGGAGCAAGAAAUAUUAGAUAAUUUUCAGAAAACUUCGUUUAAUGAAUUAAAACUAGGUCCCUUACAAGAACAUCCAGCAGUAAGAAAGUUAUUUAGCCUGUCUGAUAAAUCACCAAGAACUACUGAAAGUACUGAAAUUAUUGGAUUAUUUUAUGAUUAUACACGUAAUUUAAAAUACAAUGAACAGGUCGACUUUGAUGACUUCAAAGAAUAUGCCGCGGAGAAAUUCAAUGAAGACCAAUGGACAGAUCUUGGAGUUGUCUUUACAUCAUUCCCUUACCUACUUCAAGAAAUAUGUCGACAGUAUGAAAUAGAUGGUAAAUCAGACUUCACAGUAUUGGGACAUGGAGAUUUUAUCAAAUUUUUAUACGAUCAUCAAAAAGUCAUAGACAACAAUUUAGAAUUUUAUUUAUUCAACGCCGAUUCAUGUGGCGGUAUUAAACGAGCAGAACUAUUUACGUUUGUUCACCAUUUACUCAACAACGGUGUUCACGAUAAGAAAAUCAUAGAAAAAACAGUUAAAUAUCAUUUUAAUUUGCAAAUUUUGAAACAAGUUGGAUUUCAUGAUAUUGAUCAAUUAUGUGAACGAGCUCAACAACAAAAGUAUGAAGAAGUCCUACUAGGUGAUGAAUAUUUGAAUAAAUUAGGCACUACUAUUCAUCGUCCAUUUAUUCGUGAUGAUGAUCAUUUAUGUGAAUAUUUAACUAGUUGUCCAAUGGUUGUUGACAUUGCAUCGUGGUCCCAUUGGAAUUGUUUAUAUAUGAGAGAAAAAGGAUAUAUAAAAGAAUUUCUGCAACGAAAUAAAACCAAAUUGCCUAAUAUUCUAUGGCUAGAAGUAUCGAGUAGACAUACACAAUUCAUUCGAUUGUCAAGCAUUUCAAAUAUGGAAAAAUUCGAAAAGGAUUUAAUGAAUAUGCAUUUAAAAGAAGCCGUAGCGCAUCUUUUAUCAUUAGCCAUCAAAGAGCGUGGAUGUACACGGUUGCCAAUUGUACGUUUAAGAACAAUAAUGACAAUUUCGUUUACGAAAUUAAAACAAUCGAAUUCAUCACAUGAUGCUAUUGGACAAAUUGUCAAUUUUUUAAGCCUGAUAACAUUUCCAUUUUCAAGUGCACUUGUACAAACUCUGAUCUUAGAUCCUGCCGAGGUUUUGUUUCCGAAUUGUGAAGUAACUAUUUGGCAAUAUGCAAAACACAAUCUAUUACUAAAGUUACAUUUGGAAGAAUUAGGUUUAAUGUUAGGCAUUCAUGAAUGGACACAAGAUUUGAAUAAUGAAGUCACAUAUUUAUCUAAUUAUCCGACUUAUGGAGUAUUAAAUGAAGCUAUGACUACUGUGAAUAAUUAUGUAGAACAAAAAACAACAGAAACAGUGGAGAAAACUCCAAAACAAGUAAAGACUGUUGCACCAGCUCGUCCUGUGGUGGACGCUAACGUUGAUAAUAGUAAUAAUAACAUUGAACCUUUUGAACAUAUUCAACAAAUACGAAAAACUCUUGGUAACAAUAGCGAUUCGAGCGAUAAAAACUACGAUGUGAUCGAUAAUUUACAAGAUUUACUUGGAGAAUGUUUAAAAAAAUUAGCAGAUGAUCUCUAUUCCGAGCAAGUUCAUUUCAUAUUAGAACUCAUUCAAAAUGCUGAUGAUAAUGAUUAUUCGGAUUUAAAUGAGAAUUUCGUGCCGAAAUUAAAAUUUAUUAUUAAUCAGAGACAAAUAACGAUUUAUAAUAAUGAAAAUGACUUUCAGAAGAAGCACAUUAAAGCUAUUUGUGCUGUAUCUGAUAGAUCAGAAAUUCAUUCGAAUAAUUAUCAUAUUUGUUUCGAUGCGACCGAUGGUGAUCGUGUUGGUUAUGUUUGUCAAAUUUGGUUAAAUGAAUACGAACCUAUAAUACAGAAUGAUGAUUAUGAACAAUGGAAUACCUGUAUACGUUUAAAUUUAAAAGCAGAUGAACAUAUUCAAGAACAAAUCAAAGAAAAAUUUGAUAAUAUCGAUCCCAAACUAUUGUUAUUUUUGCAUCGAUUAAAAUCACUUGAGAUCUCCUAUGAAAAUCAUUAUACGAAGACAUUUACACGCAAUGAUCAUCCAAAUAAUAUCAUCGAACUCUCUGAAUUCAAUGGUGAAAACGAACAGAAAAACUAUUGGCCAGUCAUUAAAAAGAUAUUAUCAGUAUCUGAAACACUUCAAGUAAGUGAAAUUUAAUCGAUAUUUUUCUUAUCAAUUUUAUUUGUUUAGCAAAAACUACGUGAAAUAAAAUAAAGUGAUGUUGUGAGGUGUGGAUGUGGGUGUGGGUUGUGGCGUUUCUCUUUAAUCACACCCACACCCACACCCAUACCCACACCCACAUCCACAUCCCCAUCCACACCCACAUCCACAUCCACACCCACAUCCACACCCACACCCCCACCCACACCCACACCCACACC